AUGUCGAGCGUCCGAAACACUAUCGUGACGCGCAUUCAGGAGGCAUUUCAGCCGGUGGAGCUGGAGGUGACGGAGGUAAGUGCCGACGAGGCCAAGUACAGCGUGAGCAUCGUCGCUGUGGCGUUUGCGGGCGUGCCGCUGAUUGAGCGCCAUCGCAAGGUGAACAAUCUCUUUGCCGAGGAGCUUCGGUCUGGCACCAUUCACGCCUUGAGCAUAUCUGCUAAGCCCCCACCGACGUAA